AUGCUCCAGUGCCUCUCCCUCAAAUCAUCUUCAGCCGCAUCAACAACACACUCACCGCCGCCAACCAACGGAAACUAUAACUGCCCUCCGCCUUCGCAAGCUGGGAACUCUACUGAUGGAACACCAAGAUCAAGCACACAGCCAUCCCCUACCGUUAACCUCACUCGCGAAUACACCUUCGCUGUACAGACCAAUUCCUAUAACGAGAUGUGGUCCAGGAUUCAUUAUGAUCAUGGCCAAAUUGAAGAAGUUCUUGAUAAUGACAAUGUGGAGGACUCUAACCACUUGCUUAUGCUUCAAGUUCUUCAACCAAGUCGAGACUGCGUGGAAGAGGCUCUGAGAUACGCCAAGCCCAACACUCUCACUCGACUCGUGUCCACCUACUUUGACCACAGCGAAAACACUACGCAACUCUGCCUUAGUCUCCAACAGAGUGUAUACCGUGCCCGUACUCUUUAUGGUCCCCUUCAUAGGCUUAUGGAUGCCAUUGAUACUGACUCAGAAUCCCUGUCUCAAUCCCAGUGCGAUUGUGCUUUUGAUGUCUUUCUCCAAUUCGAUGCUGUUGACAACCCUUUCCCCUGCCGCGACUCGGGUAACUUUAAUGAUAUGCGGCGAUGCUUUUCGCAACUCAAGCAGCAAUUAGAUAGGAGAAUCUGCAAGUCAAGCUCUAAAAUCCACCUAGUUCGCCGAGCCACUUUUGGCUCUGCCCUUUGUGUCAUUGGCUCUGUUGUUGCUGUUGUAGGAUCUGCUGUGGCAAUCGCAAGUCAUGCACUUGUUGCCAUUAUUGCCACCCCGAUAUGCACGGUGCCGUACCUCCCUCGUCGCUUGACUAAGAAAGAGCUUGCCCAUGUCAAGCAACUUGAUGCUGCUUCUAGGGGUACGUAUGUGCUGAACAAUGAUCUUGGUACCCUCGACCGGCUUGUUUCCCGUUUGUAUGAUGCUGUCGAGUGUGAUAAGCACCUUAUUCGCCUUGGAUUGGAGAUGGGUAAGGACUUGCAUCCCAUCUCAGAGGUGUUGAAACAGCUUAAAAAAAGCCAUGACAAUUUCAUUCUCCAGCUUACGGAUCUCGAGGAACAUAUAUGCCUUUGUUUUAAUGCUGUCAAUAGGGCGAGAUCUCUGCUUCUUCAAGAGAUCCAUCUUCAUCAAAUGUCUAAUUCCUAA